CAUAUUUGUUAAUACAAUAUUUGACUUAAGGCUUGUUGCUAGCUCUAUAGAUUACAGUUUCAGCUCAUUUGAUUUAUAAAAAGAGACAGCAGGAGAAGAUACUCUAUUAUAAGUUAAUCAUCAAUUUAACAACAAAUUUUGAAGUAACAAUGACUUGUGCAUUAAGAAUCGCUUUGCUGUGGUCAUGUCUUCAAGCUACAGUCUUCGCUAUGACCAUUGUCUCCACUUUACCAGAGACGACAACUCCAUAUGAUGGUUGUUCGGAAGAGAACAGACCUACACGUGUACCAUGUGCUUACUGUCAGUGUGACACUUGGACAGGCAAACGUCAGUGGAGCUGUGUCUGGACAACUUGCAUGCCACCACCUUGUGUGGACGCGUACGUGCCUGUAGGCGGAUGUUGUUCAGUUUGUCCUAAUGGCUCAAAUUGUAAAUAUGGAGAUGUCGUCAUUCAGUUAAAUGAAACGAAACGUAUUGGGGAUCUGGAAUGUCGCUGUGUCCAACAGUACAUGUGGACCCCACCACAAUCUAGCUGCAGGCCUAUUACCACAUUACCUCCAACAACCUCUACGACCACUACAGUAAGACCAACCAGUACCACAUUGACCACAAAGCUGACCACCACAACAAGACCACUCACCACAAAAACUACGACAAGACUAACUACGACAAAGACUACAACUAAAACAACAACAAAGGCACCAGUGAAAGGUUAAACAAAUAUUGGGCUACUCUUUUUCAUUUAAAAUUAAAACACGUGUCGAUCUCUUUAAAUUUAACAAGAUAUUUUUAAAACUGUAAUAAAUAUUUGAAAGAAUUUGAUUCUAUCUUAAAUAAACUGUAAGUCCAUAAUUCAAAA